GCCUGAGUUAACGCGCCGCCAGCACGUGUGAAGUUGCGAACCAGUCUGAGGCACCGCAAGGAUAGUAGAAGCCAGGUUUUCACACCGCGUAUCGCCCUGGGACGGUAGGAGUGACACCGUGCAGGGAUACGGGGACACAGGGACACCGCCAGUACCACAGAGGAGCGAUGAGUGGUGUGGGUGGUGUGGGCGGGCAGGCAGCAGCAGGAGGACUGGUGUUGAACCUGUCACGCGGCUUGGGAGGAGGCAGGCAGAAUUAUUUCCAGAAUCACCAGAAGAGGGAGGCAGAGGAUGUUUCCCUGCCCAAGAAGUGUCCCAAGACAGCACAUGUCCCCGAGGCCAAACAGGCCACGGUCACCCCUGCCAAUGCCGGGAAGGAAACAGAUCAACCUCCCAAGCCUGCAACUGAGGAUGUGGGAGAUGCCCCAAAUGAAGAAAAGAAGGAGAUUGUCACUUCCCUCUUCUCUGGCAAUCCAGCUAUCCCAUUCAUUCCCAAAUCAGAUGUGACCAAGCUCUCAGAAAAGGUCUUCUCGGAGGAGUCCUUUUCUUCACUGGAUCUUGCCCCACAGAUUGUGUCAAAUUUGGAGAAAUUGGGAUUUUCCUCCAUGACAUCAGUGCAGCAGCAAGCCAUCCCAUCCAUCCUGGGUGGCAAGGACACACUGGUCAAAUCACAGACUGGCUCUGGCAAGACCCUCACCUAUGCCCUCCCUAUCCUCCACUCUCUCAUGAUGCAAGUGCCGCGGGUGCAGCGCAGCGAUGGGGUGUUGGCGCUGGUGGUGGUACCCACAAGGGAGCUGGCCCUGCAGAGCUACCAGUGGUUUGAGAGGCUGCACAAGUCAUGUGUGUGGGUGGUGCCCGGAUACCUCAUUGGCGGAGAGAAGAAGAAAGCAGAGAAGGCUCGUCUUCGCCGGGGCAUCAACAUCCUGGUGGGCACACCAGGCCGCCUCAUUGACCACCUGCACAGCACCAAAAGCCUCAGCCUUGCCUCCAUCAGGUUCUUGGUAAUUGACGAAGCUGACCGACUCCUGGACAUGGGAUAUGAGCGCAGCAUCACCAGCAUCAUUGAGACCCUUUGUGAGCAGCAGCCUGGGCCAAGCUCCUCCAGACAAACUAUCAUGCUGUCUGCUACUCUGUCUGCUGGUGUGGAGAAAUUGGCAGGCAUGAGUCUUGUGGAGCCCAAGGUGGUGGAUGUGAGUUGUGAGGACAACACUGAGAACCAGCUUACCUCUGAAGCUCUGGCCACCCCAGCCAACCUGUCCCACCAUUACCUGCUGGUGCCUGCAAAACUGAGGUUGGUCACCCUGGCAGCUUUCAUCCUCUCCAAGUGUAAGUUUGGUGAUGAGAGGAAAAUGAUCAUCUUCUUUGCAACACAAGACAUGGUGGACUAUCACACAGCCUUGUUCUCCAACCUCCUGUCUAGAUAUGGACAGGAAGUUAAGAAUAAAACUUCACUUCUGCGGCGAGCAGAGAAGGUUUUGGCCGGACAACAGGAUGAUGGAGAGGGGAGCCACGAUGAGGAGGAUGUGGAAGAGGAAGAGGAAGAGGAGGAAGAGCUAGGGCAAGAAAAGUCAAGAGAAAAACCAGAUGCCAUCCUCUUCCAAAAACUUCAUGGCAGUAUGACUCAGCAGGAUCGCUCUGCUGUGUUCAAGUCCUUCAAGAAUGCUGCAGCUGGAGUUCUGAUGUGCACAGAUGUUGCAUCGAGGGGCCUGGACAUGCCCAGGGUGAGGUGGAUUGUGCAGUUCAAUGCAGCGUGCACUGCGGCAGACUACGUGCACCGCGUUGGCCGUACUGCCCGAGUCAAUGCCCGUGGCUCGGCCCUCGUCUUCCUGGCUCCAGCCGAGGCUCCCUACAUUCAGAUGUUGGAAAGCCACAAGAUUACACUGAAGGAGAUCAACAUGCAUGGUGUGCUGAGGACCCUGGUGCUGCCUCCAGACCCUGACAGCAAAAAGCCUGUGGCCAACACCGUGGAGGAAGCUGCCACCAGCAUGCAGCUGCAGGUGGAAAAGCUGCUUCUCUCAGACAGUGACUUCCGUGACCUGGCCAGGAAAGCAUAUGUGUCAUUUGUCCGGUCGUAUGCCUCGUACCCAAAGGAGGUGCGGGAGAUGUUCAACUUCAAGGCACUGCACCUUGGCCACUAUGCCAAGAGCAUGGGCCUGCGGGAUUCUCCAGCAGCACUGGGAGCCGGCGCUGCCUUCAGGGCCAAGAGGGAGAUGAAGGAAAAAAGGGAGAGAAAGGAGAAGAGGAGGAAAAUCCAGGUGAUGAACCAGAGGUGUGGAAACCUGCCCAAGACAGCCAGCAUGUCUGAGUUUGACAGUGGCCUUGACUCCAUGCCCACAAACAAGGCAAAGACCAAGACCAGAAAGAAGAUAAAGUCCAAAUAAUAUUGGCUUGGCAGAUGUAAGUUGACUGGUCUGUCUGCCAAUUCAGCAAUGUUUUUUAUCCUAUGAGGUUCGCCAGAGGUGUGUGUGAAUGAGUGUGUUAGUUAGCAGUGUGUGUAUGUGGAAAUCAAUAUUGCUGUAUAUUUUUUCAUAAAAAAUGCAAUAUAUACUUAUGCCGUACA